AAUAGAGAUAACGCAUACAAAACGUAAAAUUACAACAAAAUCCUGUAUAUGUUUGCGCUAAAUGUAUAAAUAAACAUGGAAGUUUAACGUAACGUGCACAGAUACUUGUAAAUAUCAGUUAUUUUUUGAGUGAGUAAACACUCAUUGAUAGAUCCGUCUGUAAUUUCCUGCGGAAGAAUACAUUUUUUUCUCAGAGUGAAGUGACAGGGACAGACGAGAAAAGUUCGGAAAGUUUUAACUCGCUUACGUUGUACGUAAAACAGCCAAAAACUGCUAAGAAGGAAGGCAUAGGAAUCAAAAGAAUUUUUUUGGCAGUUAUAGAGUUUACACUCUGAGGCAUUUUACUCAUUGUGUCGCUCUGACGAGGUUCCUUACCUCGCGAGCUAGUUAAGCGGGCUCGCCGUCCUGACGGAGCUCAGUCAGCCUCGCGCUGGAGACUCUAUGUGGAUUUUAAAGAAAAUAUGGACCGGUUUCCCCGUAUUACUUCGGGCAAAGGCAUCAUCUUCGUCCUAUUCAUCGCCUGCUGCAUCCCGUUCUCGGGAGCUCUGCAGUGUCUAGAUGCCACGAAGCCCUGCGUGAACAAUGCGACCUGCAUCACCUUUAAAAAUGGCACAGGACACUGCAGGUGUACCCCUGGCUUCUUAGGGGAGUACUGCCAUCACAGAGACCCCUGUCACCCAGGCUACUGCCUCAAUGGGGGCAACUGCAGUUCCAGUUGGUCUGGGGUGCCAGGUAGCCCCACCUGUUCGUGUCCCCUAGGUUUCACUGGUCAGAAUUGUCAGACCCCGCAGAAUUCUGCUUGCUAUCCCAAUAACCCUUGUGCGAAUGGGGGUGUCUGCAGCCUGCUGUCCCUGGACAAAUAUAAAUGUCACUGCCCUCCUGGUUGGACAGGCUCCCGAUGCCUCCAAGAGGACAGCUGCAUCUCAAAUCCUUGUGCCAAUGGUGGCACCUGCAACACCCUAUCUGGGGGGAAGUUCAACUGCAUUUGCUCCAAAGAAUACCAAGGACUCCACUGCUUGAAUGACACAGACGAAUGUGCCCAGUCACCAGAUGUGUGCUAUAAUGGUGGAGUAUGUGUGAACACAUUGGGCUCCUUCUAUUGUUCGUGUCCAGCAGGUUUUACAGGGCGCAAUUGUGAGACUCCCUAUGUGCCCUGCUCACCCUCACCGUGUGUCAAUGGGGGAACCUGCCGGCCAACUUCUGACACCACGUACUGGUGCCAUUGUCUCCCAGGGUUUAAUGGAACAAACUGUGAAAUUAAUAUUGAUGACUGCCCUGAUCACCGCUGCCAGAAUGGGGGCACCUGCAUGGAUGGUGUUAAUACUUACAACUGUCAGUGUCCACCUGAGUGGACAGGUCAGUUCUGUACUGAAGAUGUGGAUGAGUGUCGCCUGCAACCAAACACUUGUCAGAAUGGAGGCACUUGCAGUAAUACGCCAGGGGGCUACAACUGUGUAUGUGUAAAUGGCUGGAGUGGCACUGACUGUGCAGAGAACAUUGAUGACUGUGCCACAGCGGCCUGCACAGAAGGCUCCACCUGCAUUGACCGUGUCGCCUCUUUCAUAUGCACCUGUCCUUUUGGGAAGACUGGCUUGCUUUGUCAUGUGGAUGAUGCUUGCAUCAGUAACCCAUGUCGUGAGGGGGCGCAGUGUGACACCAAUCCCAUCAAUGGCAAGUUUAACUGCAACUGUCCUCCUGGCUAUGUGGGCAGCACUUGUAAAGAUGACAUCAAUGAAUGCACCAUGGGUUCUAACCCUUGUGAACAUGGUGGGCAGUGCGUCAACACGGAAGGGUCCUUCACGUGUAACUGUGCCCGGGGCUACUCCGGACCCCGUUGUGAACAGGACCUCAAUGAAUGUGCCUCCAACCCUUGCCGCAAUGAUGCCACCUGUCUGGACCAGAUUGGUGACUACACCUGCAUCUGUAUGCCAGGGUUUGAAGGUGUGCAUUGCGAAAUCGAUGUUAAUGAGUGUGCAAGUUCCCCUUGUCUAAACAGCGGGAAAUGCUUUGACCAAGUGAACCGAUUUGUGUGCCACUGCCCUCCAGGCUUCAGUGGGGACAUGUGCCAGGUGGACAAUGAUGAAUGUGCCAGCACACCAUGCCACAAUGGUGCCAAGUGCAUUGAUCGCCCCAACGGCUAUGAGUGCGAGUGUGCUGAAGGCUUCACAGGGACAUUAUGUGAGGAGAAUGUGGAUGACUGUGACCCAAAGCCCUGCCACCAUGGUGUGUGCCGUGAUGGCAUUGCCAUGUACACUUGUGAUUGCCACCCAGGCUACACUGGCCUCAUUUGCAACACACAGGUACAGGAGUGCCAGAGCAACCCCUGCCAGAACCGUGGCCGUUGCAUCGACCUUGUCAACAAGUACCAGUGCAACUGCCUUGCUGGGACCACCGGAGUGAACUGUGAGAUCAACUUUGAUGACUGUGCCAGUAACCCAUGUGUAUACGGAGAGUGUCAGGAUGGUAUCAAUGAGUAUAAGUGUGUGUGCACCCCAGGAUACACAGGCGAGAAGUGUGACGUGCAGAUCAAUGAAUGCGACUCAAACCCAUGCCUGAAUGGGGGGACAUGUGAGGACGGUUUGAAUGAGUUCUCCUGUGUUUGUCCCCCUGGCACCCAUGGGCUCCUCUGCUAUUCAGGGGCCGACCUCUGUGCCUCACGGUCCUGUGGCCACGGUGAAUGUAUUGAGCUGCAUGAUGGGUAUCGCUGCGACUGUGUGCAAGGCUGGAUGGGGCAACACUGUGAGCAAGAAGUGGAUGAGUGCCAGUCAGAUCCGUGCCAGAAUGGGGGCACCUGUACUGACCGACCAAGUGGAUACACCUGCAAGUGCACCCGUGGUUUCACAGGUGUGAAUUGUGCGAUCAACAUAGAUGAGUGCAAGUCCAACCCUUGCAUGAAUCGGGGGACCUGUGUGGAUGGAGUUAAUGGCUACAAGUGUAUCUGCUCCCUGCCAUAUACAGGUCCACAGUGCAUUGAAAAGAUAGAUGAGUGUGGCACCAACCCGUGCCAGAACAGGGGCCACUGUAUUACCAGCCAAGGGAGCUAUCAAUGCAAGUGUGAACCCGGGUACAGCGGCAUAAACUGUGAGGUCAACAUUGAUGACUGCACUCCCAAUCCCUGUUUAAACGGAGGUUCAUGUUUGGAUGGAGUGGGGGGCUACUCGUGCGAUUGCCAGCCUGGUUUUGAAGGUGAACGUUGUGAGACUGAAGUGAAUGAGUGUUUAUCCAAUCCAUGUCGCAACAAUGGCAAAUGCAAUGACUAUGUGAACAGCUACUCAUGCAAGUGCCCACCGGGCUACAAUGGAAUUCACUGUGAGCACAACAUCCCUGAAUGCACUGAGAGCUCCUGUUUAAAUAAUGGCACAUGCAUAGAUGGAAUAAAUACCUUCUCAUGUCACUGUCGUCCUGGCUUCACUGGUGCCUUCUGUCAAUAUGAGAUCAAUGAAUGUGACUUGCAGCCCUGCAAGAAUGGAGGCACUUGCACGGAUGGCCUUGGGUCCUACUACUGCUCUUGUCCUGUAGAGUACACAGGCCCCAACUGUCAGUUCUUGACAGACUUUUGCAGCCAGCCCCUAUGCGUCAACGGUGGGACCUGCAUACAAAAUGGGACAGUGUGGAUGUGCCGCUGCACCACAGGCUGGGCAGGCCUUUACUGUGAUGUGCCUAGUAUGUCUUGUCAUGCCGUUGCUGUCCGUCAAGGUGUGUCUGUGGACAUGGUGUGUCAGCACGCUGGCCGCUGCUUAGAUGUGGGAAACGCCCACCGCUGCCACUGUCAGGCUGGCUACACCGGCAGCUACUGUGAGACCGAGGUGGAUGAAUGCCUGUCAAACCCAUGCCGCAAUGGCGCCACCUGUGUGGACUACCAGGGGGCAUAUGAGUGUAAGUGCAAGCCUGGCUACCAGGGGGUCAACUGUCAGUAUGAUGUAGAUGAGUGCCAGUCUCAGCCCUGCCUGCAUGGGGGGACUUGCAUCAACCUGGUCAACCACUUUUCCUGCUCCUGCCCCCCAGGCACACAUGGUGUUAGGUGUGAGAUGGAUGAAGACGACUGUGAGCCAGAGCCUGGCUCUUUGGCACCCCGUUGCCUGAAUGGGGGUCAGUGUGUGGAUGCUGUGGGCCAUUUCACAUGCUCUUGCCCUCCUGGUUUUGCUGGUGAGCGCUGUGAAGGUGACAUCAAUGAGUGUCUGUCUGCACCCUGCCAUGCCCCUGGCAGCCUUGACUGCAUCCAGCUGGCCAAUGACUACCAGUGCCGCUGCCGCCUGGGCUACACAGGACGGCACUGUGAAUCAAUGGUGGAUCUGUGCAAGUCUAAGCCAUGCCAUAACGGUGGUACCUGCUCCAUGAACACUAGUUCAGUACAUGGGUACAUCUGCAUCUGCCAAAUUGGUUUCUCAGGGUUCAACUGUGGGGAGGUUGAGGGCUAUGGUUGUACCAGUUUGCGCUGCCAGAAUGGUGGCCGCUGCCAUGACUCAGCAGGAGGGCAAAUCCAGUGCCUCUGUCCACCUGGCUUCAGUGGCCCACAUUGUGAAGUCGCCCUAAGUUGUCAAAGUCGGCCCUGCCUCAAUGGGGGUGUCUGCUCUCCAGACCCUCGCAGCCCCAACCAGUACACCUGCCAGUGUCCCCCUGCCUUCUCUGGCAGGAACUGCGAGAUGCUACGCUCUGCUCCACCCUUAUCCCCCGUACCUACCUGCCCGUACGAUGAGUGCAAAAAGCAUGCCGGUGACAGGGUUUGUGACAUGGACUGUAACCGGCAUGAGUGUGCCUGGGAUGGUGGUGACUGCUCACUGCACUGGGAACAGCCAUGGGAGCGCUGCGAUGCCACUGUUGAGUGUUGGAAGCUCUUUCGGAAUGGCCGCUGUGACCCUCAGUGCGACAACCCACAGUGCCUCUUUGACAGCUUUGAAUGCCAGUCCUCCCCGUUCCUCUGCAAGUAUGACAAGUACUGUGCAGACCAUUAUGCCAAUGGCCACUGCAACCAGGGGUGCAACACAGAAGAGUGUGGCUGGGAUGGCCUAGACUGUGCAGGUGAUAUCCCACCACAGGUAGCUGACGGCACACUUGUGGUGGUGGUUCUGCUGCAGCCAGAUGAGCUGUUGGGGGACUUGCGUGGCUUCCUGCGUGCACUGGGGACACUGCUCCACACCAACCUGCGUGUCAAGUUGGAUGCCCAGCAAAAACCUAUGGUGUACCCCUACUUUGGCCCAGAUCCAGAGAGUGACACUGGGGCCCCAUCUGAACGUAGAUGGAAACGAGAACUGGUCAAUAAAGAGGUCAUCGGGUCCAAGGCAUACCUGGAGAUUGAUAACCGCCAGUGUUCUCAGGUCUCCGAGUCCUGUUUCUCAAACACAAAGCUAGCUGCCUCCUACAUAGCUGCAGAGUAUCUGAAGAAGGAGCUGCCCUACCCUGUCAUUGCUGUUAACAGUGAGCCCAGGGAACCGCCACACCCUCCCCAUUUGCUGUAUGUGGUUGCUGUAGCAGUGGGGAUCAUUCUGCUCAUCUUAGUUCUGGGUGUGCUGGUCGCUAAGCGGAAGCGCAAGCAUGGCAUCUUGUGGCUCCCUGAUGGCUUCCUCACCAAGAAGGAUGCCAAGCGCCGUGAGCCUGUGGGCCAGGAUGAUUUUGGAAUGAAGAACAUGGGAAAACCACAGGAUGGGGGUAUGAUGGAUGCCAACCAAAACCAACGCUGGCCAGAAGAAGAAUCACAGGCUAAGAAAUCAAGAACAGAGGACAAGCCCCUUCUACCCGUUGGAGUUGAUGGAGGUGUGGACCGCAGGGAGUGGACACUACAGCAUCACAAGGCUGCUGACAUCACCCUGACACCCCCCCAGGCUGAACUUGAUGUUGACUGUCUAGAUGUCAAUGUUAAAGGACCAGAUGGAUUUACCCCUCUGAUGCUGGCCUCCCUGCGUAGCGGGGGGUCAGAUGACUGCGGCAGCUUGAUGGGAGAUGAGGAGGAGGAGAGUGGGGCAGAUGAGCCAGGGGCAAACAUUAUCACUGACCUCAUCGCCCAAGGUGCUACGCUUAUGGCACAGACAGACCGCACUGGUGAGACAGCGCUACAUCUAGCUGCUCGCUAUGCCCGUGCUGAUGCAGCCAAGAGGCUGUUGGAUGCUGGAGCUGAUCCUAAUGCACGCGACAACAUGGGUCGCACCCCACUGCAUGCUGCUGUGGCUGCAGAUGCCCAGGGUGUGUUCCAGAUCCUGAUUCGAAACCGAGCAACUGAGCUGGAUGCAAGAAUGAAUGAUGGCACCACACCCCUCAUCCUGGCAGCACGCUUGGCAGUGGAGGGUAUGGUGGAGGAGCUUGUGCACUGCCAUGCUGAUGUCAAUGCAGUAGAUGACCAUGGUAAGUCUGCAUUGCACUGGGCAGCAGCUGUCAACAAUGUGGAGGCCACUCUGGUGUUGCUGAAGAAUGGAGCUAACAGAGACAUGCAGGACAACAAGGAAGAAACACCGUUGUUCCUGGCAGCUAGGGAAGGGAGCUUUGAGGCAGCCCAGAUACUGCUAGACCAUUACUCCAACAGGGACAUCACAGACCACCUGGACCGGCUGCCUCGAGACACUGCACAGGAGCGUAUGCACCAUGACAUUGUGCGCCUGCUGGAUCAGUACAACCUUGUCCACAGCCCUCAUGCAGGCCAGAGCCAUGUGUCUGGUGGGGGUGCACACUCUUCCAUGGUCUGUGGCACUAAUGGGGUGGGCUUUGUUGGCAUGCGCCAAGGGCCCCAGGGCAAGAAAAGUCGGAGGGGCGGUGCCAAAGUGGGAGGAGCUGCUGGGGGUGUGGCAAAGGAGCUGAAGGACAUGAAGGCAAAGCGGAGGAAGAAGCCAGCUGGAGGAGAGGGACCCUUAGCAGGGGCUGCAGGAGGUGGCAGUAGCACAGCCACCACGAAGACCAAAAGUGGCCUGUCAGAAAGCUCUGUUACCUUGUCUCCUGUUGAUUCUCUGGAGUCUCCACACUCAUUUGCCGGAGAUACCACUAAUGCAGUCAGUGCAGCCACCUCCCCACCACUCCUUGGCAGCCCUUCAUCCAGGCCCCUCCUACCUCCAGUUAGUCACAUGCUGGGGCAACAGCAGGGCUGGGUGAGCCUUGCCAAGCAGGGAUAUGGGGGCCACAUGUUUGGGCUUGUACCCCACCAGCUGAGCACCUCCCACACUGGGCUAGCUCAGCCACAUGCCUCCAGCCUUCUUACUCCCAUGAAUGUCACCAUGAGCCGUGAGCAAUUGCCCCCGAUCGUUACCUUCCAGAUGAUGCCACCAGGCAGUGGACAGGCCUUGCUGAAGCAGCCACAGCCUGGCCAGGUGCAAAGCCAGAGUCAGCCCCAUGCCCAGCAAAUUCCACCUCAUCUGCAGUCCACCCAAGGUAUGAUAUACCAGCUGCCUGAGGUAGGGCUGCCACCCCCCCUGUCCCACACCCUCCCGCACCCCCAACCCCAUAGCCAUGCCAUCCCCCACAGCAAUGGCCUGAUGGAUGCCCAGUCCCGCCAGCUGCCUCCCUACCACAGUUUGCAGAGCCCUGUGGAUAAGUACCCCACACCACCAUCCCAGCACAGCUGCACCACAGGUGGAUCUGAAGGCACAACACCAGGGCACCCGGCCCACCCUCCCAGUGAGCACCCCUACCUCACUCCGUCACCGGAGUCCCCUGACCCCUGGUCAUCGUCCUCUCCCCACUCCAACUCGGACUGGUCUGAUGUUACCACCAGCCCCACACCCCUGGGGAACUCACAUGCACUACCCUCUUCCCGGCACACUCACAUUCCGGAGCAGGCACAGCUGCAACCGCAAGCGCAGCAGAUGCAGUCACAGCAGCCUCAGCAUGGCAGCAUGCAAGUGUAUGCAUAAAAUAUGACUUUCAACUACAUGAACCAAUUUCUUUACUCUGAGACUUUCUGCUCCUUGUAUUUAUAACCUUACCAAGACAACUAACCUUCCAUUUUACACACUCUCAACUUGGCAUCCUUUCCUCAUCUUUUCUCUGGUUUGCACAAGCUACCGCUGUCUUUGUUCAGUUUUGCAUAGUGGAAUUUCAAGGUUUCUCCUCUGUGUAGUUUAAGCCUUCCCUUUUUUUGAAAGUGGCUUCAUAUCCUAUUUUACUAACCUUCAUUUUUAUCAGUUACUGUUUUCAGUCUUUUUCGAUUGUUUUGUUUCUCAUUCUGUAAAUAUUAUGGGACAGUAGAAUGCUUGAAAAUGAAGAUUCAGGAAUUGUAUUUUUGAAUUUUAAAAGGACAUUAAUUCCUGAUUUAAAAACAGAAUUAACAGCUCAAAUAGAAUUUUUCCUGUGGUGCAAAAUGGAUGAAGAGCAGGAAAACAGAGGACAUUGGACAUUUUCCAGUGAGUGGGCCUGUACCCUUUUUUUUCUUUUUUUUUGCAAUAACUUUUAUGGGUAAUCCUGUGUCUUUGAAGGAUAUAUGCUUAUUAAUUAUAUCUUAUUUCUGUCUUUCAUUUAGUGUAUGAGCCUCAUAGAGGCGUUUUAGUUUUUUAGUUUGUAUUUUAAUUUAAUUUUACCCAUGAUGCAUCAUAAUACAUUUUAAUAAGCUGUAUUCAUUAUUUUCAUGGCAAAAAUUCUCUGUAGUAUUAAUUGGUUACAGAGUUAUGGUGUAGAGAUGUUAAUUGUGCACUUUUUGCGGCUGGGCUGUUUGGUUUUGUAUAAGAUUUACACUCAUGGGUUUGUAAGCUAAACUGUGGUAUAAGUGUUUAAAGUCACAUAAUUUUCUAUUUGUGGGGGUACCUUUCUGCAGUCAACUUAAAACUGCAGGAUCCCCAUCCAUUCAAAGGGGGAGGGGUGUUAUAUGGGUUCAGGCCGUUCAAUCCAUGUAUGAUGCCAUCAGUAGCAAGGGAGAAUAGUUACUCAGAAGUAUAAAGGACUAUACAGUAAAGUCUAAGAGCAUGGGAAAUGAGGUUAGAAAGCAAUAGAACUCAUUAGUCCAUACUGCAUUUUCAUCUUGUCUUCACUGUUGUCUUUGCUGGAUGAUGAAAUUGCUGCACAGGUUGCAGAAGUGAGAUUUCCAGCCUUUUGGGCCCAGGAGUAUUUUGUUACAGUGACUGUCCAGAAGGGUAGUUGGAAGUACUGAUAGACAAUUGAUACAGGUUAAACAGGAAUACAGCCUGACACUUAACUGCUCUGACCUGUGUGGGAGAAAGUUUAUCUAUGAUGAUUUCACCAUGUUAUUUUUGUAUUUACCAUUAUAUUUUCCGUAAAUGUAUUUUGACUUUAUAACAGCUUGUGAGAUUUUUCAGUUUAGGUUUUAAACUGUUUUUUAAAUCACAUUUAUUCGGUUUUGCUUUAUUGCAAUCAGUGUGUAUAAUUGCCUUGAAAACCACAUCUGAGAAUGCUAUGUAAUUUGUUACGGAAUUGAACUAUAAUUUGUCUGUUUCUGAUGUAAAUGUAAUAUGAACCUUGCAAGUCUUUGUGGACAAUCAGUCACAUUUUUUCAUUGGACACUGGCUUUUUCAUGCUUCAAGACCAAAUUUGAACUUUUAUGUUAAAUUUUAACAGCUUCUUCUAAUCUGCAUUGUUGAUGCGUAUUGUACUAUUUGCUAGCCUUGAAAUUUGAAAGGACAAGCUAUUGAACUGUGGUUUAGUUAAUGUAGUUCUGCUUUUACUGUAGUUUCAGUGUUCAUUUCCUCCCACAAGUGGAGACCCAUGAUUGAAGGGGAGAAAGAUCUGCCAAUCAGCACCCCCAAAGAAGUACUAAUUCAUUAACUUAACUGUAAUAAAUAAUGAAAAGGCCAAGACAAAUGAUUUUUACCUUGAUUAUCAUUAGUGCUUCUUGGUUCUGCUGGUAUGAGAUGUCCUUUGAUACAUUUAUAGAUGUAUGAUCAGCAGACAACAAAGGUUGCAUUUUGAAUCUGCUGGUUUUACCAGAGCUGGGUCUAAACUACCCAGAGUUUUGGAAAGACACAAAAAUGGUACUUAACCAGGAAGUUGAAUCAGCUGGCUAACCUCACAGCUGGAAAGACAACCUCCUACAGCUAGCUGUACGAAACUGAGUUAGAUGAUCCUGUCAGAUACAAUCACAAUUAAAAAAAAAAUUACAGUUGGGAAUAGUGUAUUGCUUGUGAUUGUUCAAAGAAAAGCUAUAUCUAAAGCUACCUUACCAGGUCAGGUUAUGAUGUGUUGAACUUAUCCAGAAGUACCAAAUUCUGUUUUCUUAAUUGUACUUAUUUUUAACAUGGCAGUAGGUCUCAGCUGUGUUCCUGAUGAUCCCCUGUCUAUGCUGGUUUUUCUGUUAGGUGACCCACUGAAAUAGUCUUGAUUGAACCCUUCAUUGAAUAAAUCAUGACUCAACCAUAUUGGAAGGACUGAACAAAACUGGUGUUGAGAAAUACCUUUUUUGAACGUUUUUGAAAAUGGAUGCAUUUGCUUGCAAAUACAAUCUUCCUUGUAUUUGAUCACUUAAAAAGGAAAAAUGUUGACAUUAAAGAACUGGGAAAGUGAAGCUGGUAUUUGAAACCCCUGGCUCUCUAAAAUUAUACUCCUCAGGCAAAAAAGAAAUACAGGAACAUUAUUGUUUUUACAUUAUGCAGCUGAAAGUUACCACUUAACAUAAUUGCAUUUGUACAUUUGAUUAAACAAAGGGAUAAGGCUAACUUUAAGGGCA